AUGCAACCGAAAUGUGUGAACUGCUGUCUCUGUAUAAGUUUACGAUCCACUUCUACUUCAAAUUAUUGUGUACAACGUAAAAACAUGAAACUGCUAAAUGUCUUGAAUAUUUACAAUGUUCGACCAUAUUUAUUAAAUAAAAUGAGGAAUAAAAUUAAUAGAACUUUUGCUUAUGCUUGA